CAUAGGGGGAGUGUUAGUUCUAAUUGCAGCUACUUUCGAACACGUCCUUUUGAGUCGAUUUUAUGGCUGCUACUUCCUAGAUGGAACGGAAUGUUCUAAUGGCGUUGCCUAUUCUGUAAUCAUUGCUGGACUUGGCUUCUUGUUGGUUCUGUUCUCUGUUGUGAUGAUUCUUGUGCGUUUCGUUGCACCACAAACACAGGCUGAUAAUGAUCAGUUAAUAUCAGAGGAAACUAGGAUGGUUAAAACCAGAGCUCUUCCUGUUGCUUUACUGCUUGGUUUGUUGUUCAAGAUCGUUGCAUUUGCAACACCGGGUUGGAUAAUGUACGAGGAAACACAUAGUACAACAUGGAUUGGAAUAUUCUACUCAAGGACUUAUGAAGGAGACAAUAGUCGGACGACAUCUUUUCUUGACAGAUCACGUGAUGAAUUUGGUAUUAUCGGUCUUCAGAUUAACUGUGUCAUUAAUGUUGUGUUAUCCGGGGCCGGCAUUCUGGUCUUCAUUUUGAACAGCAGGAGAGUAUCUAAGCACGUAAUGGUUAAGCCUGUAGCAUAUAUAUCAAGUGGAAUCUUUCUGUGUGUAGGAGUUACUUUGGAGUUUGCCCUGCUUCUUCGUUUUAUUGGAAUGUGUAUACUGAUAUUUCAACGGUCUAUAUGGUUUCCAUAUUCUUUUGUCCUUGCCUGCGUGUCCUUCGCUUUGCAUCUUUAUUCCGUUGUGGUAAUUCUUAUUCGCUAUAAAAGAGGCAACGAGGUAGAAAAUAAUGACAACCAGAUGUCGGAAAAUCCAAGUUGGAUGGGAAUUCACCAAGAUGUGAUUACAGACAAUGCGGAUGUGAUAGCAGACAACAGACCGGAAGUGAUGACAGAUAAUGAUGAUAUGACGAAGUGGUAACUACGGAAGCGUACUGCUGCCAAUUGAAAAAAAAAUAAGACGUACGUACGACUUAUUAUCUAGUUUUCAUUUACUAGAUCUUGACUUGUGGACAAAUCAACGACUAUAUCUCAUCUAAUAAAAUUACACAACUUAUUUUGAUAACUUGUGAAUAGCAACUGUAUGAGACUAUUUUGAGGGAAUGCAAAAAUCCUUAAAAAAUCUUCAGUUUUCAACUAAAGAGUAUAAUAUCUUGAUAAAUGUGUCUGAGUCAAAGAUGUAUUGAAGAUAGUGUGUAAAUUUUGCGAUGUCUAUCAUGAAAUAAUUUGCAUUCCUUUUCAUAA